AGAGAGUCUCUUCCUGAUCUUGAGCGGGUUGUAUGGGAUCAUUGUAGUCAUCCUUGGUGCUGUGAUACCCAUCACAGAGAUCUUCAUGGCCGAUUCUUUUGAUCGGGCAUUCGGGGCCUUCUAUGUCUAUCUGUACGUGGUUAGUAUUCUUUUCUUGGGGUACGUCUACGCGUAUUUGCUUCGACGGAACCGCCUCAAGACGGAGUUUCUGACGCGAACGUUGUCACGGUCGUUGUCAUGGACGCGGGCCUGGGGCAGGUCUUGGAAUAAGUCGGCUGCUGAUAACUACAACAAGGGCAGGCUGAGGAAGAGAAUGAUCUCUCUAGACGUGUCCAACCAUCACACGGGGACUUUCUAUUUGAGGCUGGGAGUUCUAGGAUUCGGGAUCGGCUCUAUGAUCCACAGCGGCCUCAACUUCGGAACCUAUUUCUCGUCGUCUGGAACAAAAUGUAACGAACCGCUGCAGGCCAUCAAGCCCGUGAUUCAUCUGGUGUUUACUUUCUUCCAGCUCUACUUUAUCUUCAUGAAUUCAAAGAUGUGCAUACACCGGUACAAAAAGCUGGCCAGGUUCGGGCUCAUGCACAUGUGUGCCACGAACAUCUGUGUUUGGUUCCGCGCGAUUGUUGUCGAAACCUUACAUGUCAUUCAUAGCCAAGCCCAUAGUGCUAACCAUCAUUCAGGCGGCAGCAUGAAGUCCUCGGAGAAAAUUCAACUCUCUAAGGGCACUGGACAAAACAUUCACCCUGAUACGACCUACCUUGUGCUCAACUCAAGUUUAAUUCUGGGACGGAGACUUCACGAGGAACACAUGUCCAGCCACAAUGAAAGCGAGACUGGCGUGGCGGACCUGGACGACAUCUGCCAGUGGUCAGACUUGAUGGGCAAGGCCGUGGAAGCUGCUGGACCUUACCUGUAUCCCUGCACUAUAGAGUACAGCCUCAUGUGUGCAGGCAUUCUGUACAUAAUGUGGAAGAACGUUGGGAAGAGGCCUCGAAGACCAAGGGGUUCUGAGCUUGGGGAUGAUGAAGAUGAACAGAGAGUCCACCGCAUGAGUGUAGAUUGUACUGGAUCCAGUCGGGGUCUCUUCCUGGGCAUUCUGAUCAUGGUUGGAACCAUCAUCUCAAUCAUCGCCUUCUACAUGCUCAUCAGCAAGGAGGAGUCAAAGUUGUCGGGGAUUAUUCUGACCCACCUCUCAGAAACAGCCAUCUACACAGUGACUUUGAUAGCCACCUUCUUAGCUGCCUACAGAAUGAAGAAUUUGACCUUCCACAACCAACACGAGGCUGACCUGGAAGAUAUUCUUGUUCUAAUAUCAUACACAGGGCUACUGGUGUUUAUCAUAUUCAGCCUGGUGGCAUCCAUGUUGAGCAAGCCGGACACAAGGUCCGGGAUGACGAUCCUCUCCAACAUCGUCAUGUUGAUCCAGUCUACAGUGCAGACGAUCUUCAUGUUGGCUGGAGACCGGAUGUCUGCUUCUAAUGAAUUCCAGGAAAGGAAAAAACCUGGUCGAGAAUUCAUCACGUUUUUAUUGGUUUCCAACUUUGCCAUGUGGGCUAUCAACACUUUUGAAACACAAACUCCACAACAUAAUCCGAUCCAGGUGGAGUUUUACGGCGUAGAAGCUUGGGCAAUUUUCACACAUAUCAGCGUCCCUUUGGGAAUCUACUACCGCUUUCAUUCCACAGUCUGUUUCAGCAACAUUUGGAAAAAUGCUUGGAAAAAGCGGAAACACUAG